AUGGAGUCCAAUGCAAAUGGUCGGCUUCCGUCGCGAGACACUUAUCUCAAGCGAUCUCUAGGAACGUUGUCUCGUCGCAUUCGCAAUUCUCGCGUCUUGCUCGUCGGCGCUGGUGGAAUCGGUUGCGAGCUCCUCAAAAACCUACUUCUCACCGGUUUCGGUGAAAUUCACAUCGUCGACCUCGAUACCAUCGAUCUAAGCAACCUGAACCGGCAGUUCUUGUUUCGCCACGAACAUAUUAAGAAAUCCAAGGCACUGGUAGCGAAGGAAGUCGCUCAGAAAUUCCGACCUGAUUCGAAACUAGAAGCAUACCAUGCCAACAUCAAAGACGCCCAGUUCAACAUCGACUGGUUCGCCACAUUCGAUGUCGUUUUCAAUGCCCUUGAUAAUUUGGAUGCUCGUCGCCAUGUGAAUCGGAUGUGCCUCGCUGCAAACGUACCUCUGGUGGAAAGCGGAACAACGGGGUUCAAUGGCCAAGUUCAAGUCAUCAAGAAGUCUCGUACUGAGUGCUAUGAUUGCAACCCGAAAGAAGUGCCAAAAUCUUUCCCUGUUUGCACCAUUCGAAGCACGCCAAGCCAGCCCAUACACUGCAUCGUGUGGGCAAAAAGCUAUCUCCUCCCCGAGCUUUUUGGUACUAGUGAAACCGACGGUGACGAAGACGGAUUCGACCAUAGCAAAGAUGCAGAGAACGCGGAGGAGAUUGAGAAUUUACGCCGCGAAGCAAAGGCCCUCAAAGCAAUUCGAGAAUCUAUGGGCACUGAAGGAUUUGCACAGAAAGUUUUUGACAAAGUCUUCAAGGAGGAUAUCGAGCGUCUGUGUGCAAUGGAGGAUAUGUGGAAGACACGUAAACCCCCAACUGCCCUCAAUUAUGAGUCUUUACAAGAAAGAGCCAGUUCAGUUGAGGCAACUAUUUCUCAGAAUGACCAGAAAGUUUGGACACUAGAAGAAGAUUUUGCAGUCUUCAAGGAUAGUCUGCAUCGCUUGAGCAUCCGACUAAGGGAGCUUCAAGCGAACAAAUCUGGCAACAUUGAACCGAUAAUCACAUUCGACAAGGACGACGUCGAUACUUUGGACUUUGUUGCCGCCAGCGCCAACCUACGGUCUGUGAUUUUUGGUAUUGAAUCAAAAUCAAAAUUCGAUAUCAAGCAAAUGGCUGGAAACAUUAUCCCCGCGAUUGCUACCACCAACGCAAUGACAGCCAGUCUCUGCGUUUUGCAAGCAUUCAAAGUGUUGAAGGAUGAGUACGAUCAUGCUAAGAUGGUCUUUCUUGAGCGCUCUGGAGUUCGAGCGAUCAAUUCCGACAGUUUACGACCACCAAACCCAUUCUGCGCCGUUUGCUCCGUGGCAAAUGGAAAUAUCAAGGUGGAUCUAGAAAAUGCAACGUUGAAUGACCUGGUUGAAGAUAUUAUUCGCGGCAAGCUCGGUUACACCGAAGAAUUCUCUAUCAACACAGACGCUGGCAUGAUCUAUGAUCCGGACUUGGAUGAUAAUUUACCCAAGAAGCUUGUUGAUCUAGGCGUCCAGGCAGAAACUUUGCUGACCAUCAUUGACGAGAGAGAUGAUGACCCUUUCGUUAAUCUAGAACUAGUCGUGGAAGGAAGCAAAAAAACCGGUGAAGAUGACAAAGCAGUCACCCUCGUCAGAGAUAUCAAGAUCCCGAAGAAGCCCAAGCAAGCGCCCGUCGAGGAACCCCUCGUCGACGGUACGGCUCCGAAUGGAGUUGUUGGAAAGAGGAAGCGUGCAGAAGAAGAGACCGCCCUAAACGGCGAACCUGACGCAAAGCGUCUUGCAGCCACCAAUGGCACCAACAACGAGCCUAUCUUGCUUGACGAUCCUGACACUGGCGCGAUUUUGAUUGACGACGACUAG